AUGGGUUUAUUAAGAAAGAUAAAUGGUUAUGGGACCACUGGGCCUAUAAAUUUCACCAACAUUAAUUUCAUAUUCUAUACCUCCAGGCACAGAUACGACAGUGAGCACAAUCACUAUCUUCCGUACAAAACCAGAGGACGCUGGCAACUACACCUUAAUUUGCAGCAAUCACCAUCAAUCAAGAAGGCGUCUGGGGACUAGUGGAACUCCUCACAUCCAUAGAAAAUUGGGAACUAAUCCAUGUCUUGCUUUAACUAAGAUCUAAUUGAGAAAAUACAUUCUAC